AGAGAGUCGCUCUUCCUUGAAUAACUGAAAUUACUUAAGCGGUGAAGGAAAGGGUUAGUAUACGGGGAUAUGUGUCCUGUAAUUUGCUGACCCCUAUAUGAAAAUAUGCGAUUUUUCCGCAUAAAUGAGCGUGAAAUCGAUGAUAAAUUUCAUCAAGAACCAUCAGCUCUAAGAAGAAUACUCUAUGAACAAUAUGGUUGCCGAAUCUGUAAGAAAACAGCGCUACAUUUAUAUCGCACCAACAUCGCCAGCCGAGAUGAUUGACUCUAGCAGUUACACUAUUGCGUUCAGCGAUAGAAAAUUUUUGCAAGUGGGCCUGAAUCCAAAAGAGGACUUCAAUGUUACGGUAUGCAUUAUUACUUCUUCACGAUAUCUUAGUAUUUCAGCAGAAUAUUUAAAUAUUAUUUACGGCAUGAUGGAUGUAAUAACAUCAUUUCUACAAUCACCGCCGGUAAAAGUAAGGAACAUUGUGUUAUAUCAAAAUGUCGAUUUUAAUAUAACCAAAGUAUUGUACCGUGAUACCAUGCAUUUAGUAUUAGAAUCCAGGAUGGUCGAUGGGUGUCGAGUGUUAUUGAAUAACGAAAACAUUAAUAGACUUAUGGACUUACAGUGCACUAUUAUUAGUGCAAUAUCAAGAAAAAUAAAAACACGUUUACUAUUACGUCAUCAAAUAGACCGCAUCAUACAAUACGCCGACGGUAAAUGGUCGGGCCCUAAAAUUCAACAAUCAAACAAUGAUGAAAUGGUUAAUUUUAUAAGAAGUUUGAAUGACGAAGAAAUAUGCGAUACUAUUCCUAAAGGUGACAGUAAUUACAUAAGCGAGCUGAAGAAUUUAGCAUACAAUGAAAUAGUCGAACGAUGGGUCAAGUCGUGGUCCGAAGACAUGCUUCAAAUUAACGUGAGUUUAAUGAACGUAGAUUGUCAUAACCUUUAUUGUUAUUAA